CGCCCCCUACGUCCUCUAUCGCGCGCGCGCACGCUGCGUCCUGUCGUCCGCUACAGUCAUGGCGGCUCCGGUCGCUCCUCUCGAUGAAGACUGGGCGGAUUUUAACGAAUUCAAAGUAGCCGAGUCGCACACCAGCUGGACCGCGGCACCGGAGAAUUCACCGCAGAUCCUAUGUUCCAUAUCUUUCGACGAGACGCUGAGCGCGAGCUUCCCUUCCUCUCUCAGCGCGUGCACGAACGUCUCAGUGAGUGAGUCCGAGCUGCUGCGCGACGACGAGAUAUGGAACACUUUGACGGAGAACUACGGCAAUGUGAUGCCAGUGGACUGGAAAACAUCUCACACUCGUUCACUUCACCUGCCCACGCUGAACAUCAGACCUCAGGAGACGGGGGAGGUCAAUAAUCUUGAUGUGUCUGAUGACGAGGAGCUCAGAGAUCAGAUGGACAUGCACACCAUCAUCAUCUCAUGUGUGAACGAGGAGCCGCUGUUCACUGCAGAACAGGUCAUAGAAGAGAUUGAAGAGAUCAUGCAGCAGUCUCCAGACGACGAGGAAUAUGAGAGUCCGUCUCAGUUUGACCUCUCCUUGAUGUCGCAUGAGUUACAUGUGCUCACACAAUCCACAUCCAGAAGCAGCUGCGAGGAGCGGUUGCGUGGUCUGUGCGUGUCUGAGCUGCUGGAGCGUCUGGAGGAGGUGGAGCGACAGAUCCGUGGUUUCUCCGAGGAGCUGAUCGAUCAGCUGGCGGUGAGGGAGGAGCUGGACUAUGAGAAGGAGGUGAAGAACACGUUCAUCUCGGCGCUCAUCGACGUGCAGAACAGACAGAAAGAACAUCGAGAGCUGCUGAAGAAAAAGAGGAAGAUAAAGGCCACAGGCGGCAAUCAGAUAUCCAACCGCUCACAUGUGCCAGGAACCUAUUUGACGACGGUGAUCCCGUAUGACAAGAGCAGCGGAGCACCGUCUGUAGAAGACCUGCAGAUCCUGACCAAGAUUCUUCAUGCCAUGCGAGAGGACAGUGACACAGUUCCUGCUCUUCUGACCAGCUACAUCCUCAAAGUGUUGUGUCCCACGUAGUGUUUCUGGAGCUGAAACGAGCAAAUCUCAUCGGUUCACCGGAUGUCCGAUCAUCUGCAUCUCUCCAGAUGAUGUUCUUCUCUGAUCUUGCACAGAACUGACCCGCCAGUGGCAUUUAUUUCUCAGUUUUGUUAUGUGUAGAUGUAAUUGUGUGUUUGAGCAUGAGUGCAGUAUUUAGUUUAUUUCUUAAUGCAAUUCACAUUUCACUUACUGUCAGAUUCCACUCUAUUAUCCCAGUGCAGCUGCCGUAACUCAUGCACGUUUGCAUCGUAUUUGGUUUGUUUUAGCGCAGAUCUAGAUGCAAGUUUCCCUCUUUCGAUAUUUCCAUCAAAUUAAAUUAGAUUUCAGGAAGUCUAAUGGCUAAAAAUCAUAGAAAUUAAUGGAUUUCAAUGAUUUAAAAGCAAUCUCUCCAGCAAAGGCUGGUACAAAUAUUUGUGUGGGUAGCUGUAAAAUCGAAAGGUUUAUCAUAUUAGAAUGAAAUAGUUCAGUCAUGCUGAACAGAAUUAGUGGUACUUAAAAACAACCUGAUAUUCAUUAAAUGCAUUUAAUUGCCAGUUAAUAGAUCGUCAUACUCAGUUUUUGUUCUAUUCGAUCAGUUUUCUAACUUCUCUCUAUAACAGUAUUAAUACUGAGUUGAUGCGGCGUGAACAGUACGAGUAUUUUCUACCAGUUGUUGUGGAAUCUGUGAGAUCUCAGUGGUGAAGAAAGGACCAGAUCUCUGGACUGGAUUUCUGUUUGAAGGUAUGAAGAGCUAAAACGCACAUAUAAAGAGAUAAACACAUCUGUCUGUUCUCACUACGGUCCUGUAAGAUUGUCUCUAGUGUAUUAGUUUUUUGUUGAAUGAUUGGAGGUGAUAUUUUUGUAUGUGUGACUGUAAAAUCUGAUUGUUGUUUUUCGAUGGAGAGAUUGAAAUUACGUUGUGUUGAUUCCUGCAGAUGCACAACCUUAAAGAAAUAGUUGAUGUAUGUAGGGUGACAGUUUUCAGCCAAUUUCUCCGUUUAAAGGAUUAUUUCACCCUAAAAAACUGUUUUAAUUACUUUUGCGCAUAGAAGUCCAUACAGAUCAUGUGCCAUAUUUAAAAUCAUCUUGAAGGCAUUCAGUCGCUUUUAUAUUUAAUUUAAUGUUUUUGUGUUCCAUGAAAUAAAAUCAUGGACCAUUAAUUAAAUUUCUGAGUUAACUACUACUUUAAACUGCCAUUUCUGCAUGUGAGGACUAAAACAUCUUGCAUGUCUCUGUUCUGUGGGUUGAAGGGAAGUCAUUGUUUUUAUGUUUGUAAAGCAUUCAGAAAAGUAGAAGUUGCUGCAUGCACUUUCAGUUGGUCUAAAAGGGAACAGUUUUGUAGAGCAUGACAUUUGCGUGAAGCGUUGAACUACAGAUCUUCAUCGUCGGAUGCUCGUGGCCUGAUUCAGAGGAAUAUUAGGAGUGCACGAUAAAUCAGGGUACACAUAACAACUAGAGAUUAUUAUAUAUUUUUUACAAGCAAUAAUGAAAUGCUGCCUUGUCGAAUGCAUUAAAUUUUGUAUGUUAAAAUGACCUUAUUUUUAAUUCUGACCAAAUUUUUUACAUGAAUGGUCCUUUUGAAUUAGAAAUUUAUAAGCAAUGCAUUGUAUGUAGCAGAGCAGUUUUUAAAUAAAAACAUCUGUUCAUUAAA